AUGGAUAGAACUGCUUUGGAUAGAUACGAACGGACUGAAAUCCUUGGUGAAGGAUCGUUUGGUAUCGUUUACAAAGGAUUUGAGAAGAGCACAGGUGAUUUGGUAGCAAUGAAGAAGAUGCGCUUGAGACAUGCUUCGGAAGGUGUUCCGGGUACGGCUCUUCGUGAAAUGACGUUGCUUAAAAGACUAAAACAUCCCAACAUCGUUUCUUUGAAAGAAGUGAUUCUGGACGAACGACUGGUUUACUUGAUAUUUGAAUACCUUAGUAUGGAUUUAAAAAAAUGCAUUGACAAAAUUCCUUAUGAAGAACUAAUGAAUAAAAAUGAGCUAAAGUCGUACUUGUACCAAAUUUUGCAAGGUAUCUGUUUCUGUCACCAGCGUAAUGUUCUCCAUCGUGAUUUAAAACCACAGAAUUUGCUGGUUGACGGAAAAGGUUGCCUCAAGAUUGCUGAUUUUGGUCUCGCAAGAGAAUUGGAGUUUGCAGAAAGAAGAUACACUGAUGUGGUGGUCACUUUAUGGUAUCGACCACCAGAAAUACUGUUCGGUUGUACCAAUUAUUCGAUGGCAGUUGACAUUUGGAGCAUCGGGUGCAUUUUUGCUGAAAUGGCCAUGAAAACAGCUCUCUUUAGGGGUGAUUCGGAAAUCGAUCAGAUUUUCCGUAUUUUCAGUAUACUGUCAACUCCGAAACAGGAACUAGAGAGUGGUGUGUUAAAAAUGCCGCGAUUUCUAAGAUCAUAUCCGGUGUACGAAAAAAACAUACUUUCGAAAAUUCUUGCUAGCUACAUGGACGAAGAAGGAAUCAAGAUCUUGAAGACAAUGCUUACUUACAAUCCGAGAGAGCGGGUCUCAGCAAAGGCACUGUUAAAGAAUCCGUACUUCAACGACGUCGACCGGUCGAAACUUCCAGCGGGGAAUUAUGACGGAUCUGCUGUACCACCUCGUCUCUGGUUUUAA